UGUAUAUAUAUAUAUAUAAUCAACAUAUAGGGCUCUGGAUAUAAUGGACUCAACAAACUUCAUGAUGCAUCAUGGGAUGCUUUACUGAAACUCUACUGGAGGGAUGCAAGUAUGCAUUGUUGGCUGCUUUUCCUUCACUAUCCACUACAACUUUCCAUUUUAAAAUUAAAAGUGUGCUUUUGUUAGAAAAUUCAUUUAUAUUUGAAUUUCCAUUAGUCUACAAACCAGUGAGAAGCAUUGAUUUAAGCAUAAGCCUUUAGAUUGCAAUGAUUCAUGAUCACAUAGGCUAACGUAGACUGUAACUUCAAAAGUACAAAACCUGGUAGCCAGUCAUUUAGAACUUCUUUCAGUAGUCUAACAAACAAAGUCGACAUUUUUUUUUUUUUUGUGGUGCGUUUCUUAAAUGAAUGACAAAAAAUGUCCAGUGAACGAGCCUCGUCGUGCGUUCCAUCUGCGAUUUGUAAUAGUUGAUCAAUAAAUCUACACCUUUUUAAGACGAUGUGUUUAGUUAAAUUAGUUCAUAUUUUAAAACGUGUGCGUCUCUCGACACCCCGUGUGUUCUUCUCCACUCCGCGGUAUGGCAAGCCCAAAGGGUCAGAAGUACUAUGUAAAUACGAUUAAUCUAUAGCGUAAUUCUGAAUCUUUCGGCUUGCCAUACUGUAGCUCCGCGCGUCUGUAAGUACGGAGCGGUGAACUCAGACCAAAUCAAAGUGCGCUGAGCUCCAGCAUUCAGUGCGCUGCAGACGAGAUGCGCUCCACAACGGAUGAUUGUCUAGUCUUUCCUUCGCGAUGUCUCACUCUGUGAAGGCUGUUUUUCUGCUGUUGUGUGCGAGUAUGUGCGGUCAGUGAGGGAAGGUGAAGCACAACCUCAGGAGAACAUCUGUACAACAUAACAAACACGGAACUCCACUUUUCAAGAAGAUGCUGGAUAAAACUAAGACACAUCUGGUGAAAUCAAACCAUCUGCUGCGUGUCAAUGAUCAUGACUUUACUAUGAGACCAGCAUUUGCAGGUCCAGCAGUACCAGUAGGUGUAGAUGUACAGGUAGAGAGUUUGGACAGUAUCUCAGAAGUAGAUAUGGACUUCACCAUGACCCUGUACCUCAGACACCACUGGAAGGAUGAGCGAUUGUCUUUUCCCAGGAAAAACAAUAAAAGUAUGACUAUCGAUGGUCAAUUGGUAAAAAAAAUCUGGGUGCCUGAUGUGUUCUUUGUCCAUUCCAAACUAUCCUUCAUCCACGACACCACCACGGAGAACAUCAUGAUCAGGGUCUAUCCUGAUGGACAUGUGCUCUACAGCCUGAGAGUGACUGUAACUUCAGCAUGCAAUAUGGGCUUCAGUCGGUUCGCGUUGGACACACAGACCUGCACGUUAGAGCUGGAGAGCUAUGCUUACACUGAUGAAGACCUGAUGCUCUACUGGAAGAGUGGAGAUGAAUCACUGAGCACAGAUGACAAGAUCUCGCUGUCUCAGUUCCUCAUUCAGAAGUUUCACACCACCUCCAGACUGGCCUUCUACAGCAGCACAGGUUGGUACAAUCGUCUUUACAUCAACUUCACUCUGCGUCGUCAUAUCUUCUUCUUCCUGCUUCAGACGUACUUUCCCAUCACUCUGAUGGUCAUGUUGUCAUGGGUGUCCUUCUGGAUCGACCGGCGAGCUGUUCCUGCUCGACUCUCAUUAGGCAUCACGACGGUGCUCACCAUGUCCACCAUCAUCACUGGAGUGAACACUAUGCCCAGAGUCUCCUACAUCAAAGCUGUGGACAUUUACCUGUGGGUCAGCUUCGUCUUUGUCUUUUUAUCAGUACUGGAGUAUGCUGCCAUAAACUACCUGACCACAGUGUAUGAUGGGACAGAAUGCAAAUCAAAGGAGAAGGCUUUACCCUGCACAUGUGACAUAUCCCAUGCAAGGACUAUGAUUCUGGAUGAAGUGUACAGUAAGCCUGAUGCCAACAGCCUGGCAGGAUAUACCCAGGCCCCUGUCUCCUCUGAGGAGGCUGCAGAUAAACAGGACCACAUGGUGGUGUGCCUGUCUUUGGCAAAUGAGGCCACAGGAGCCAAGAAGAAGACCCUUCGAGGCUUCCGUAUCAUCCGAAACACUAACUUCAUUAAAGCCUACUCUCACUUGAUCUUCCCAGUGGCCUUUAUAUUCUUCAAUCUCAUCUAUUGGUUUAUAUACUGCUGAACUGCCUUCUGUAGCCUUCAAGAGAUUGUGGUGGUAACAUAUUGGAAUACAUACAUAUUAACAUAAGUAAAAAAAAAAAAUGUUAUUUAAUGUUGAUUGAAAGUAAAGGAAAGGUAAGCAAAAGAUCAUGACAUAAUGCAUGUACACCCCACUUGCAGAUGUUUUUGGAUUAGAACGAUGUAUAUGUGAGAAUCCUAUUUGUUGAUUGCAUUUACAUUUUUAAAAUUAGAAUAGAGAAUAGAGAUUACACGUACAAAAGCCAUAAUAAAACAAUAUUCAUAAUCACAAGUAAAUUAUGUUGAAAGAACACAUCAAAAGUCGCAUAUACU